CCCGCCCGCGGCGGCCCGGGCCGUGACCCGCGCCCCGCUCCGAGCCAUGCCGGCAUCGGCAUCGCCCCUUGCCGAGAGCUGCGGGCUGGCCGCGCCGCAGCCCUGAGUUGGCAUUGUAUGAGCACAGAAGGCAGCAAUGGGAGUAUGCAGUUUCCUACUGAAGAGGUCUCUCAAGAGCUCAUGAUUUUUUUCCAUCUCUCCUCUUGACAUUGCUCCUGCUCCACAGACAUGGCUCACCAUGCCAGGCCUUCCAGAUCAGCCAAAAAAGAAGAGUUUGGCAAAAGGAAAACUAACCAGGGCAAAAAGAAAUCUAGCCAAGUGAGAAAGAAAAGCACAAAGGCUUCCACAAAAGCUGUUAGUUCUGGAAAAGGUAAAAAGCCAGUGCAAGAAAAAGAUGUUAAGAAAAAACAGCAAGAAAAGAAACCAAUCAUGAGCUCUUCAGGUAGACUUCUCAGGAGCAAUGUAACCUUGUCUGGAGCCUCUUGGGUGAGUUUGGAGAAGGCUGACAGUAUCCUCUUCCACAGCCAGGAUUCUUUCAGCAUCAACGGCUUCACCAUGGCUCUCCGGAACCGAUCCUUCUCCAGAAGCUUGGCCCAAACUCCAAUAACUGCAAAGCCCAGGAAAGCUGCAGCACAAAAAAGGCUGGAAACAAAGGAAAAACAUGAACAAGAUGCCCUGGCAGUAGUAGAAGAGAAAAAUGAUGAAAUAGCUUUGAAAGAAGGUGUAGCUCAAGAGGAGUUAGCUGCUCUGCCUGUGGAGGGCUGGCUGUGUGCUGCAGGUGAGGAGGAGCCUGUUGUCCCAUGUGCCAGCCAGCACCAGGAGGCAGAAAUAUCUGAAACAGGUGACUCCAUUCCAAACACUCACCUAACUGAUGAUGGUACAGAAGCUUCAGAGCUGAAAGCUAAGCUUGAAGACCUGCCCUGUGAGCAGAUACUCAGUGACCUUGAUACAGGUAGUUUGGCUGAAGCAUUUGUUGAAAGUGCUGCCCUGGUGCUUCCAUCUUCUCCUUCUGACUCUGGAAUUGCCUCUGAAUCAAACUCCAAGGUGCUUGCAGAGGCUCCCUUCAGUGUGGUGCCCAACAGUACAGAACCUGCCUCCGGCUCUGUUGAUACCUCAGGCCUCAGCUCUGCAGUGCUGAUAGAGUCAGUCACACUUGCCAAAUUCCACAUUGGAGCGGGGUUGGACAUGGUGCUACCUAGCCAAGAGCAAGGCUUGCAUUCUGCGUCUCUAGUUACCUCUGAGUUUAACUCUCAAGAACAUUUAUUACAAGAUGCAAGGUCACUGGCAGAUUCCUGCUUGAAGGCAGGCUGGGGUUUGGAAUCUGAGAAUAAAGACAUUGGUUCAAAUUCCAGUUCUGUAGCUGCCUCUGAAUCCAAUUUGCUUUUACAUUUUGAAGGUGCGAGCUCACUUGCAGAGUACCCCAUGAAACUGGUUGUGGAUUUUGUACCCAUUCACAGAGAACUUGAUUCAAAUUCAGAUUUGAGCUUUACAAAAGAGAAUUCAGAAUUUGACACAAAAAACAUAUUUAGAGUAUGUGAACCAGUCUCCAAUACCUCUUUAAACAACCUUGAAGUAGAGGACAUUGAACAGCUUGUUAAAUGUAUUGAUGCAGAGACAUUAAUUUUGAAUUCAGGGUAUGUCCCCACUUUAUCUUCAGAUUUAGGAAGAAGCACAGUUGAUAAAAUCUCUGCUGAAAGCUCUGGACAAUUCUCUGCAGGUUUUGUUUCAGAGUUGCCUUCAAGCAUGGAAAUCUCUGCUCUUGCCUCAGCAAAAGCCAUAAAUGCAGAUUUGCCAGCUGACUCAAGACUGCAGCAUAAUGAUUAUUCAUCACAGCUGGGAAGUGUCGGAGCAAGCUUGAAUUUGGUUCAGGACGACAACGUGAACACCAGCACUGAGGCAGCUGAGGCCUCAGGGCCAUACUCUGUUAAAAAUCCAGCUGGUGAUUACCCUCUUCCAUACUCAUCUCUGCUCCCCAUGCUGGAGAAGAAGAAGCGGAGGCGGUGUGGGGUGUGCGAGCCCUGUCUGCGCAAAACCAACUGCGAGGAGUGCAGCUGCUGCAGGAAGCGCAAAACCAGCCACCGGAUAUGCAAAAAGAGAAAAUGUGAGGAGCUGAAAAAGCCACCGCCGCCAGUCAUGCUGCCUUUUGAGCCUUUUAUAACCCAGGUGAUAACUUUUGGAACAAAGAGGAGGGGAAAAAGACAGAGAGGGUCGAGGCUAUGCCGCCCGGCGCCUCACGCCCGCUGCCGCUCUGGAGAGGGUCGCGGCUGCGCCGCCCCGUGUGCGCACGCGUGCGGGUGCGCGGGGCCCGUGUCCUCGCCUGACCCCGUUCUCCUCGCGGCCCCUGCCGAGCCCACCGACCCCGGCCCCGGUGCCCGCGAGGGGCGGCCCGCACUGCCCGGGCCGUGCCCGGGGCGCGGCGGGUCCGUGCCGGCCUUUGCGGGCGGCCUUUGCGGAGCCCCUUUGUUCGGGCGGGCGGCUGUGCGGCCGCCGGGGGGCGCUGCGCGGCGCUGCGCGCUCCCGCGGGGCCGCGCGCGGCCGCCGCUGCGGCAGGAAGCAAAGAUGGCGGGGCAGGGGCGCCGCCGCCGUGAGGGGGAACGCGGGGCGCCCGCCAUGUGA